CUUUAAUACACGACACACGACGAUUUUCGUGAUGGCGAGUCAAACGGGUGCGGAUGUGUUGUUUGAUAUUAAAAAUUCAUUUUAUAUAGGAAAUUAUCAGUAUUGUAUAAAUGAAGCUCAAAAGUCGAAGGUUCGUGAAAUUGAAAUGUUUAUAUUAUUUAAUAACCCAGCUCAGCAGCUUGAAAAAGAUAUUUUCAUGUAUCGAGCAUACAUUGCACAACGCAAAUAUGGUGUUGUUGUAAAUGAUAUUCUUCCAUCAAGUGCUCCUGAGUUGCAGUAUAUUAGAAUGUUAGCUGUUUAUUCAAGUGGAGAUAGUGAUAAAAAGAAGGAUGUUGUGAAUAAUUUAGAGCAAAAACUUCAGAAUAUUAAUUCCGAAGACAAAGUUUUACCUCUUAUAGCAGGAUUAAUUUAUUACCUGGAGGAGAAUUAUGAUGCUGUUCUUAGACUCCUGCAUAAAAGUGAUAACUUAGAAUGCUGUGCCUUAUCUAUCCAGACGUUCUUAAAAAUUAACAGAGUUGAUCUUGCUCAGAAAGAAUUGAAUUCUAUGAAAGAAAUUGAUGAAGACUGCACUCUUACUCAAUUAAGUCAAGCAUGGGUUAAUUUAUAUAAGAAUGGAGAAAAACUUCAAGAUGCUUAUUACAUUUUUCAAGAACUUAGUGAUAAAUACUCCCCAACACCAUUGCUUUUGAAUGGUCAAGCUGCAGCUCUGAUUGCAAUAGGAAAAUAUGAGGAAGCAGAGCCUUUAUUGCAAGAAGCUUUAGAUAAGGAUCCAAAUUGUCCAGAAACUCUAAUAAAUAUGGUUGUUUUGUCUCAGCAUCUUGGGAAGACAACAGAGGUAUAUUUUUUAUUUGUUUAAUUUUAAUUAUAUUUUAAAUAUUCAUUAUAUUUAUUUAUAUUUUGUAAUCCUUUAAUG